AUGGAGCUCGCGUAUCUCUUCGUCUUGCAGUUGUGCUCUUUUGCACUGUUCUACGCUAGAACUACGCAUGCGGCUACGGCUCGCAUUCUCGUCUAUACUGCUACUCAACAAUUCAGGCACGACUCUAUCCCGACUGCUUUGGAAGCGUUGAAGGCGAAGCAGGCGUCUAUUGAUGUGGAGUUUGAGAACACAGAGGAUCCGUCGCAGUUCACGGACAGUAACCUUGCGAACUACGAUGCUUUGAUAUUUCUCAGCACGACAGGAGAAGAUGUUGCACUUCAACGAUACUUCAAUCUGGGUGGCAAUUUCGUAGGGAUACAUUCGGCUUCUGAUACACUGCGAAACAGCACCGCAUAUAUAAACCAACUCGGUUCACGUUUCGACUAUCAUGCGGACCUGCAAAAUUUCACAGUCAAUGUGAUAGAUGGAAAUCAUCCAAGUACAAGCAUACUUCCGACAAACUGGGUUAUCCCCGACGAAGUGUACAACUUCGAAAUUGAUCCUCGAAGUCUUGGUGCCACAGUCGUCUUAGCCGCAGACGAGUCGACUGUUGUUGAUAAUGGAGUACGAAGGUUCGACCAGGGAACACCGCACCCGCUAGCAUGGUUCGCAGAGAGAGGUGCAGGUGUCCAGGCUGGUAACGUGGCAGGUCGUAGUUUCUACACCAGCCUUGGCCAUCUGAACGAAACAUGGAGGGACGAGCUGUUUAUCUCCCAUGUGAUUGGAGGAAUUUCGUGGGUCCUGCAAGGAAAUACUACGAGAGCAUAUAACUCCAGUGCACAAGUGGGAAGCCUUCAAGCAUCCGGUUCUAGUUCUUUGGCGGGCAGCCCACCCUCAACAGCUACCACGACAAGCCCUCCUCCAAGCGGUUCUCAGAAUACUUCUUCGUACGUCUCCCUUCCUAGAUGA